GUGAGUGUGGAGGAGAGAGCCCUCAAAGCAUUCAAAGAUCAAACGUAGCCUUCACAAUUCUCUGGAGAAAAAGGUUCUCGCUUGUGCUCACUGACCUUGUUAACUUGUUCCCCUGUGCUCCCCACAUCGCUCCCCGCUUCUGUCUGUGUCUGGCUCCAGCCUUGUCUUCCUGGGGAGGUCACUCUGGAGCUGCUCAGCCCUUAUGAGAGCUGGGGCAGAAGGACUAGCUGUGCUGCGGGUGCCCAUCUAGCUGAAAAAAGUUGUAACUUGAGAGAUUUAAUGGGUAGGGCGGGCUCCCCAAAUCCCCAUGUCCCUCCCAUUCUGCAUUAGGAAAAUUGGAGUGUGUCAGUCAGUUCCCAAAGGAGUUUCUUUGUGGAGGGGGAGGGAGUUGUAGAUUCACUGGGUCAUUGCUCUCUCACCAGGUAAUGGCAUGUUUGCCUAGCUCAAAGUAAGCCACACCUCUGAUUUUUGUGAUACAGGGAACUCUUGUCCACACAGUAUCAGUGAAAUUUACUGGGGCAGAAAAGGAAUUAUCUCACUAUAAAUCUUGGCAAUUCACCCCUGGAAGAUCAAGGACAUGGCUUUUCUUUAAGCUCUGUCGACAAGUUAAGAUCUCCUGUGAUUUCCAUGAAUCAUAAUCAGAAGUUCCAAGCUGCUUAUUUACUUUUUCAGUCUGUGCAGGAAGUCUGAGCUAAAAUAGGUGGAGAGAUGGGAUUAUAAUUGCCAUGGUGAGUCUGAGUUCCUGCUGCCUGCUCUGGGUGUGGAGAGAGAUUUUUUUUUUUUUUUUUUGGCGUUGGUGCGGCUGUACCUGGCCUGGGAAGGCAAAUCCUGUCUUCGAAGAGUGUUGCCAGGAGCACUGAUGUGCUAGAGCCACGGCAAUGCUGCAGCAGAUCCUGGCAGACAUGUACAUCGAUCCUGAGCUGCUGGCAGAGCUCAAUGAGGAGCAAAAACAGAUCCUCUUCCUCAAGAUGAGGCAGGAGCAGGUCAGACGGUGGAAGGAGAGAGAAGCUGCCGCAGACAAGAACUCAGCAAAGAAAGUGACCCAGAGGAAAGCGCAUGGGAAGUCGGUGAAGUGGAAGCUCGGUGCCGACAGCGAAGUCUGGGUCUGGGUCAUGGGCGAGCAUGCGUCAGAUAAGCCUUAUGAUGUGAUCUGUGAAGAAAUCCAGCCACAGAGGGCUCAGCAGCAGCAGGAAGCAGGGGAAGCCAGAGGAAGUCAAACAUUCCUUGAACCGGCUGCGCCAUGGUCCCUGCAUUCUCAGCCAGCAGCCCUGGGCGGGGCAGAUGCCAAAAGGAAGGAGGAAAGAACUGGAGAGAGGGAGCAGGAAGAUGUGAUAACAGCUGCUAAAAAGGAGAGAAGCUGGGAUCAUGCUCAGGCUGCUCCCAGUAAAGGCAGAGAUGUGCACCAGAUGUUGGCAGAUUCCAAGGCUCAGACAAGGAAGUACGACUUUCAGCAGGGAAAGGAUAUAGCAAGGAGGAAGCCCAGAGAGAUGAGAACAGCUGCAGAGAGGGCACUGCACACUGACACCAACCGGAAGGAGGCUCAGGAGUCGGGGCAGAAAUCGGACAAGGACGAUCCCGAGUGGCAGGAAUCCUUGAGGAAAUCCAAAGCCGCUGAUGAGAGGAGACGCUCCAUUGCAAAGCAGGCCAGGGACGACUACAAUAGGCUGUCACUGCAAGGGAUCUGCAAAGGGAAGGUAGCUGAAGUUUCCAAGACUUUUGGGAGCCAGGGGCACAGCUUGCCCCCCCGUCCUGCCCUUCCACCCAAGCCUAAAACCCUAAACUCUGGGAUAACAAAUGGGAGGCCCAACAGGAAUCCGGGCGUGCAGAGGACCAUCUCCACUUCCACCCAGGAGAGCAUCAUCAGGUGGUUUAAAGAAGAGCAGUUACCUCUUCGGGCAGGUUAUGAGAAAUCCACGGACAGGAUAGCACCCUGGUUCCAUGGUAUCGUAACCCUACGGCAAGCAGAGGAGCUGCUGAGCAAAUCGGUGCUUGGGAGCUUUCUGGUCCGGGUCAGUGAAAAAAUCAAAGGCUACGUACUCUCCCAUCUGUCCUCGGAGGGCUGUAAGCACUUUCUAAUAGACGCCUCCAGCAACUCUUACAGCUUCCUGGGGGUGGACCAGUUGCAGCAUUUGACGCUGGCCGACCUUGUCAACUACCACAAGGAGGAGCCCAUCACUUCUUUGGGGAAGGAGCUGCUACUUUACCCAUGUGGCCAACAGGGCCCGGAACCUGACUACCUUGAUCUCUUUGAGUGAAAGCCUCCGUUCCCACCUUGUGACACACACCUGUGCCUUCUCCGAAUGAACAGAUGAACUGUUAUCCGAGAGACGGACCCCCGAAUGCCCAGCCAGCACCGAUCAAGUGAAAUACUCCGCACAAGUGUCUGUAUUUGAAAAUGUUUAGCAGCAAAGCAGUUACUGUUGGGAGCUGCUCUCUGUUAGCAGCAUCAGGCCCCAGCAUUCAGCAGCCUAGCAAGCCAGGAAGGAGCGCUAGCAGCUUCAACCUUACUGGAGUAGGCUUAGCUCAGGAAGAUACUGCCAUGUGUUAGAGUGACAGUUGGUGUAAAUGGGCUGUCUCUGAUUAAGCUGCAUUUUGCCCUCAGCUAUUGCCAUUAAAUGUGAUGAUGUGGGAUGUUUGCCAGAUGUGCAGUGAAAUUGGUAUUUUAAACUCCAAAAGGGGUCGCCUCUGUUCAAAGGGGGUGGAGCCACAUCAAGGAGGGGACUUGGGCCCCAGUGUUAAGUUGCGUAAUUGCAGCUCAGUCCUGCGAGGGGCUGAAUCCUCUGGAGUCAGUGGGAGUAGAGGUUGCUCAAAGUGCUGCAGGAUGGGGUCCAUCAUAAAAUUCACCCCAUGCAGAGGGGCCAGCACAAGACCUCUGCAGUGCCUGAACCCACAUAAGCCCUGAAUGUAGGGCCUCAGUGGGGCUUACUCAGUGAUGCUAAGCUUUGUGCUGGCCCCUCUUCACAGGGGGGAAGACUGAUGCCCUUUGGAGAUGGGAGGGAAACGGCAAGUUUGUUAAAUAAAGAAACCAAGUUGGAAUCUGGCUGAGAAGUUUUAAUUCUUGCACACAGAACCUGGGCUAUUUUACAUCCAACCUCCUGGGCAGCCUUUUACUGUUAGUCGUCAGUAUUACUCAAGUCUAAUGUGGACAUGCCUGCCAAUAAAGUACCCGGUCUCUUUUCUGUAA